AUGGGCGCCCCGUGGCUCAGCCACAGGUGGAUCACGACCGCUGAGCAGCCCAAGUUGGCGAAGUUGGCGCCUCUUGACAGCGCUGUUGCACCUUGUUCUCCCCUGCUGUCCCCUGUAAUUGCGUCCAAUCCUGUGGCUCCGCCUGCGCCGCCUCGUUGGCCAUUUUCGCCGCCCAACGUGCGCACGUCUUCGUCAACGUUUUGUCGUCUCUUCUUCUCUGUCUUUCCCCCCAAAAGUCUCGCUCACCAUCGAUUCUCCCCCCUCCCUUCUCUGGCCGCUAGCAUCAUCAUCCGCACACUCAUCCUCAUUGAAUUUCCUCGCCGCAGCUGCCGAAUUAGCAACAUCCGAGCUCUCGUCCGCGAGGCCGAGCCUCGUGCAACGCCAUCCUGUCUCUUCUCCUUCGUCAGCUCCGACCGUAUAUGUCUGUCCUGUGUGCACCGCCUCGCAUCAUCACCGCCAUUCACCCCAGCCGCCCCUGUGGCUUGCCUUGACGAGCGUCCUUUCGUGCCACCAACUCUCGAUUCGGAUAUAUAUUCCUUCUUUCGUCCAACAAGCAACGUCAACACAUCGGCUGCCGACCAGCGUCUGCCACGCAAGGCAUCGCCCGUCCACGGCACCCGGGCCACUGCCGAAAUGCCCUCAUAUCUCACUGACGACAACGCGCCAGUAGAUUCCCCACAUCUUGACUUUCUCCAGUUCAGCCACGACGACAAGUUUGCCCUCGCCUCAGACAAGGUUGCGCCCGACACCCAUGUCCUCGACCGCCCAAGGCCUGAUAAUACAGCAGAGAGCUUCGAUGAGAGUUUAAUCUCUACGCACGACUCUGACACAUCUGGCACGCGUGCGAUGAUGCUCAACGAAAAUGGCAAUGGCACUCGACCAACGAGCAUGAACUCGUAUACGAAUGACGACGGGCGCGACACACAUCCCAUUGCCCCCAAUGGCCUCGCUAAUGGCAAAAUCUCUCUUCCUGACCGAACUACACUUCAAUCAUCCACCCCAAAUGGCCAUCAUGUACAAAAUGGCUCCGCCAAGCAAUCGACCCAAAUACCCUCCGCUCCUCUCCACCAACCGCCAAACCCUCCCAACCAUGCUCCAAGUGCCGCGCCAAGCCACGACGAACAACCCCCCGUACCUGUCGAGAAGGACUUUCCUCCAGUCGCCUCACCUAGUCUCACCGACGUGAGCCAUGGCGCCCAGCCGAGUUCUCCAAAACCUACUACCCACCGCUUCUCCUCUCCUCCUGCCUACCAACCCGGUAAUACCUCGCUGAAUUCAUCUCCCUCCGGACAUCUUCUUCCACCAGCUCCACCGCCGAUUUUGAAGCAACGACAUACGCUCGAGGUUCCCAAAUCCAGCCGGCCUUCUAAAGAUGGGCAGGACGCGGCCUUGGCGACUGGCAGGUUCUCGCCAACAUCCGCUGUAUCUGGGGCACGACGUGCCUCCAUGAACCUGGGCCGUAGAGCGACACGUUCAGGAAUAUCGGACAUGCCCCGCGACGAGAUAGCUCUGGACGAAGACGCCGCUAGGUGGGCCGAGGCCAUUCGCCAGAAGCGAGCUAGCAAGCGCAGGCGCAAAGAGGAGGAAGACGAUGAUCGAGUUCUUGUCGGCACAAAAGUCGAUGAGAGCCAUGCCAACUGGGUCACUGCCUACAACAUGUUAACUGGAAUCCGCGUCUCCGUUUCCAGAACAAACGCAAAGCUCGAUCGCGAGCUUACAGACGCCGACUUUGAAGCCAAGCAAAAGUCGACUUUCGAUAUCACCGGAAACGAGCUGGUACCCUCGGCCAAGUAUGAUUUCAAAUUCAAAGAUUACGCCCCUUGGGUUUUCCGGCGUCUACGCGCUCUCUUCCGUCUCGACCCUGCCGACUACCUCAUGUCUCUCACUGGCAAGUACAUCUUGUCAGAGCUGGGCUCGCCCGGCAAGAGUGGCAGCUUUUUCUACUUUUCUAGAGACUACAAGUACAUCAUUAAAACGAUUCAUCACUCCGAACAUAAGUUUUUGAGGAAAAUCCUUAAAGAUUACUAUACUCACGUUCAGCAAAACCCCAACACUCUGCUUUCUCAGUUCUACGGACUACACCGCGUCAAGAUGCCCUACGGCAAGAAGAUUCACUUUGUCGUGAUGAAUAAUCUCUUUCCGCCGCAUCGUGAUAUUCACACCACAUUCGAUUUGAAGGGAUCGACGGUCGGCCGCAACUACAAAGAGGAGGACUUGGAGCAGAACCCAAGAGCCACCUUGAAAGACCUCAACUGGCUGCGCAGGAAACGAAACCUGGAACUAGGUAUUCAGAAAAAGCGACUUUUUUUGGAACAACUACGCGCCGAUGUGGUGCUAUUGAAGCGCCUCCAAAUUAUGGACUAUUCUCUGCUCGUUGGUAUCCACGACGUGUCUCGUGGUAACGAUGAGAACCUGCGUGGCAAGACCCUCCAAGUGUUCAACCCAGGCCGCGAAAAGUCGACAGAAGAGGAGCCGCCAAUGCCCCUGCACCGAACCCCAUCCAAGCUUGAGACGGCCCGCAAGGCCCGCGAACUUCGCCAGAUGAUCCGACAAGAGCGUCCCAUCCCUAUGGGCCAAGCUAUUGACAAAAUGCCCGAUGAGCUCGGCGUAGGCCACAGUCGUCCAGGAUUUGUUUUCAAUCAAGACGACGGCGGCUUUCAAGCCACUCGCGAGAAUAACGAUCCCGCUGAUGAGAUUUACUACCUUGGUGUCAUUGAUUGCCUUACCCACUAUGGUAUCAUCAAGAAGAUUGAGCAUUUUUGGAAGGGCCUUUCCAGCGAUAGGACGCAAAUCUCUGCUCUGCCGCCAGACCAAUACGGCGAUCGCUUCUACAACUUUGUAGAGGGGAUUACCAUGUCGAGCGAGCAGGCACAUAGAGAGGAGAUUCGACGCGAGCAAGAGGCCAUGGACGCCCGUCAAUCGGGCGAGACGCGGGCCGGGAAGACUAGGCACUCGAUCCCGCCCAUGCCAACGCAUCUUCCACCGGUGCCACCUGGCGCUCCUGAACACCAAGCACCCAAGGAUACGGUAGACAUGGCGACUAAGGAGGCACAAAAGUCGACCUCUGAUUAUCCGCCAGAGCGAACGAUCAAGACUAUGUCUGUUCCCGCAGAAAACCGCAACUCGGCGCAACAUGAACGCAUCUUGCCCGUGGUGGAAGAGCUUGGCGAAAGCAGCCGCGACGACAAUGAACAUGGUAGAAUCAAUGGCAUGUUAGAGCCGACACGAGCCGCUCCUUUACCACCCGCCAAGGACGACGGCUACGAGGAUCUCGACCGAACACGCACAUAUAGCCGCGGCAGCCUAGACAAGAAGCUACCGCCUCUGCCCAAGGAAGCUGCGGAUCCACGAAACGGGUCGGCAUAG